AUGAUUUACGUUGAAGUUAAAAAAACAAACUCUGAACUGCUAAAGUUUAAAGAGACAGUCAAAGCGAAUGAGAGAAGAUCAAAGACCAACAAGAAGAAAAUAGCGGAAUUAACAAGUAGGCUGGCUGCUUUAAACGACAGACAGAAACGAAGAAAUCUUCGUUUUCAGGGCUUUACUGAAAAUGUGAAUGCAAAGGAAUUGGAACAAACGUUCGUAACUUGGCUCCAGGAUCUGGGGGUGCAAAUUCAGCCUAAUGAUUUGGAAAGAAUUCACAGGGCAUUGAGAUCACACCCCCCAGUGGGAGUGAACCCGCGUGAAGUAAUAGUUGCCUUUGCCAGGGGAAAAAUGCAGCAGUAUGUGUAUAAAGCCUUGAGAAAAAUCAAAGACCUGAAAUUCAAAGAGAAUAAAAUUGUAGUUCGACAGGACUUUUCAAUGGAGACAUUUCAGCUGAGAGCAGUAAUGAAACCAUAUGCCCAAAAGCUGUUUGAUAAUGGAAUAAUGCUGUCCUGGGCCUAUCCGGCAGUGAUUCUGGUGUAUAAAGAUGGAGUCCUGCACCGAGCAAAGAACCCAACAGAGGCUUUAAAAAUGCUGGAGAAGUUUGGCAUAAAUGCAGGCAACUUGGAACAGGAGUCCAGGGAAUCGAUGGAACUACAGACUGUAGCGUGUGCGGGGCGGGGCCUGGGGGGGAGGGUCGCCUCCGCCCGCCUUCCCGCCCGCCUCCUCAGUGGGGGGAAGUGGGCGGGCCUCCGUGCUCUGGGCGGGCGGGGCCUCGACGCUGGGAGCGGAGGGAGCGCGAUGGCGGCGGCCUCGUCGUCGUCGCCGCUGUCGUGGCGCGGCGCUGCGGGCAGCCGGGUCCUGGCGGCCGGCCUCUUCCGCAGCCGCGUGGCCAUCGUCACCGGCGGGGGCUCGGGCAUCGGCCUGGCCAUCGCCGCCGACCUCCUGCAGCUCGGUUGCAAUGUAGUCAUUGCCUCUCGCAAACUUGAUAGAUUGACAGCUGCAGCGAAAGUGCUAGCUGCCGAAAACCCAUCCACAGAUUCUGCCAGAGUGACCCCAAUGCAGUGCAACAUUCGCAAAGAGGAGGAGGUCGAUGCACUGGUGAAGUCGACAUUGGAUCUUCAUGGUAGGAUAGACUUCUUAGUAAAUAAUGGAGGAGGCCAGUUCCUUAGUCCUGCAGAAGCAAUCAGUUCAAAAGGAUGGCAUGCUGUGAUUGAAACCAACCUGACUGGAACCUUCUAUUGUUGUAAAGCAGUGUACAAUGCUUGGAUGCGGGAUCAUGGAGGCGCCAUUGUCAACAUCGUGGCUAAUAUGUGGAAAGGGUUUCCUGGAAUGUCGCACUCGGGUGCAGCAAGAGCAGCAGUUGAUAACCUGACUAAAAGCUUUGCUGUUGAAUGGGCCCAGAGUGGAGUGAGAAUUAACUCCAUUGCCCCGGGGGUGAUCUUUUCAGAAACUGCUGCUGCAAACUACAAAGCUGGUGAAACAAUGUUUAAAAACUACAUUUCAAAGAUUCCUGCAAAAAGACUAGGAGUUCCUGAAGAGGUGUCUUCCUUGGUAUGUUUCCUGCUCUCUCCGGGUGCCUCCUAUAUAACUGGGGAAACUGUGAAGGUUGAUGGUGGACAGAGUUUAUACUCAUGCCAAUGGGAAGUUGCAGAUCAUAACAGAUGGCCGCCUGCUCCAGAGGGAGAUAAUUCUAAAGCACUCACAAGGAUCCUUUCUGGAAAAUCUUUAUCAAAACUGUAAAAUUACACAUU